AUCCUGAAGUUCCAGACCUUCCUUCUGGUCGUGCUUCUUUUCAUCUGCUCGUGCACGUAUCUGCACGGCGUCUUUCCAGCUUGCGAAGGUGCUAAGGAGUUACUCUGGCAAGCUAGACUAUUGAAAGAAUCAGAAGAAUUGUGGGCUCGAUGCGAGGAGUUAUCAGGGGCUCACGAACGAGCCCACAGCUCGAAUAAGCUGCCCUUUUCUUGGCCGAGCGGGAGCGGUGCGCUUGUGCAUUAUCUGAUAAGCAACUGGAUUGCAUACUGUUCGCGCUAUAUCAUGACAUCAGACUGGUGCAUCAGCUCACGCGAUAUUCUCGAUUCCAUCUCCUGGCAAGACUUCUGCUCAUGUUCACAGACUUGGCAGAUCAAUUUCGGGAAGGUGCGAAAGCGUGACCGUCCUUUUCGAGUGUCGGAGCAACAGGCCGACCAAUCCACGAGCCCUACAGGUAGCAGCAGCCUGACCACAACGCUUUCAUUUCAGCUGCCACUUACGACGUUCGCAAUCAGCAACACGAUAGCUUGGCUACCGAAGCCGGCAGCCGCUACGUACCGAUGUUUCGUCUGUAGUUGCUGUUUCCUGUUCCAGCAGUUGCUCCAAUUGCAUUUGGCGUUCGUCGCUUAUUACAAAGCUGAUAUGCGCGCAUCGUUAUACGUCCGACCGCUUAGUUUCUUUUUCGCUACCGUGGGUUUACUCUACCAUGAUACAACGCACACAACGGGUCGAAAAUGCAAGACGUUCUACAGAGCAAAAGGAUUCUCAUCGAGUCUUCUGAGAACGCACUUCCACUCCCAGCACACUCUGAGCACUUAUCCCAUUCCGCCUACCACACUUUCGCAGCGCAGCGUCGUACUGGACUUGAGCAUCCUGCUCCAACUCGACUCGAUAGCGAAGAUGUCUUCCUAUCUGUCGCACCUCAAUACUCAUGUGCUCCCGACUCGUCACGAGUACUUGCAACGUCUCUUCGUGCAACGCAUUCGACUUUCUUCUGACUUCAUCGACAAAGAGAAGACAUGCAUGCUCUGUCAAACGCCCUUCACUCAACACAUAGUGAAUAAGGAUGACUGUGAGCUUCAACCAGCACUAAUCCACGGCAAUCAUCACGCCUGCAGAAUGUGCGUUUUGAAGUGGCUAGUCCAGGAGCGGAAGAACAAAUGUCCCUUCUGCCGUCUUCCUCUCUAUCGGCAGGAUAGAUGCAUAAUGACAUAUGACGCCGAGAACGGUCAUGGUAACGAGGAGGACGAGAACUAUCAUCGGCUCGACUAUCAGCGAUACCACGUGAACGAUAGCGACAAGGAUAUCCUGACCCAGCUUCGACACUCUCCGUUUGCUCCUGACUUCGCUACUGCAGUCCAGUCUCGUGCAUGGCAUUACGAGCAAGGCCAGUUGACCGUUGACCGCCCAGACUAUGCAGCAUAUAGUGCUCAUCUUCAGACAACGCUGCCCGACGGCAUUCGGGCGACACGAUACCGCACUCUUCAUGCCGAUCGCUUAAGCGAGGCUGUUCGUGCAGCGUACUAUCAGCUGCUGCGGGACGAUUUGAGACGAUCACGCCCUACGAUAGCGAGUCACCCGGUCGCUACUCUAGCUGCUGGAGACAUGAUCAAGACUCUGUUCGAAGCUCUCAACGGUCAGCGAAUGACAGUUCGUCAGCUGAGCAGCGCUAUAUACACUGGACUGGACUCCACGCACUUCGACAUCUGGGUCAGGAAGCUUAUACGCGAGCAGUCGUUGCCAGAAGGCUACAUGGACUAUUGCUGCGAUCUCAUCGAAGCGAUCAUGUAUGACUUUGCUGGCAAGGACGCCGUGGCUGUCUUGAAGCAGAAUCGUCUCGAGAGGAAGCGACAGCGACGUGCGUACCUAAGAGAUCCGGCGCGAAGGCAGAGACAACGUGUUCGGAAGAUGAUCUUGCGGCCGAAGCUAGAAUUAAAUAUUGUCCAGUACUCACCUAACGACGACAUCUCGGCAGAAUGA